AUGUCUGGCGACGAGAUCCCCAUGGACGUCUUUUCGUCUUCCUCCCCCUCUGAGGGCAGUCUGUCCUGCUCUACAGGUCCUACUACCCCGAGCGCUAGUCCAUUGUUUCGUCCUUCGGAAUAUGAUGAUCUCAAACUGGCCGGGUUACCCCAGUCGCGCGUGCUCAGCGAGACCGAAUUGCCCAGAUUUGCGGUGAAGAAUGUCUGCGUGGUUGGCGCAGGAUAUGUCGGUGGUCCCACCGCAGCAGUCCUAGCUCUGUAUCACCCAUCGAUCUCGGUCGAGGUGCUGGACAGAGAUCCAAACCGCAUUCAACGAUGGCAGUCUCAGCAUCUGCCUGUUCAUGAGCCGGGCUUGGACACUGUGGUGCGCAUUGUCCGCGAUGGUGCCGAGAUCAGCAAUGAGGGCAUUCAGCCCGCUUCCUCUGCAUCCAGACGCCCACAGAACCUGUUCUUCACGUGUAACUCUACUCGGGCUAUCUCACGGGCAGACAUCAUUCUCAUGGCAGUCAAUACACCAACCAAGAUGUUUGGCGUGGGCGCUGGGUGUGCCACCAACAUGACCGCGUUUGAUGGGGCCAUGCGGGAUGUUGCCGCCCACGCAAAGCCAGGUGCCAUUAUUGUGGAAAAGAGCACUGUACCAGGAGGCACGGCGGAGCGCGUUCGCAAAAUGCUGGCAACCCAUCGACCUGGUGUCUCCUUUGAGGUGCUUUCCAACCCCGAGUUCCUUGCCGAGGGUACAGCCGUCAAGAACCUUACAGCCCCAGACCGCGUUUUGAUCGGAUCUGCGGCCACUCCUAGCGGACGCCUGGCAGCCCAGACCCUGGCCAACCUCUAUGCAGCCUGGGUGCCCCCGUCGCGCAUCAUCCAGACCAAUGCAUGGUCCUCGGAACUGGCCAAGCUCGUGGCGAAUGCCAUGCUUGCCCAGCGCAUCAGCAGCAUCAACUCGAUCAGUGCGAUCUGCGAGAGAACCGGAGCGGAGGUGGAUCAAGUGGCCAAAGCUAUUGGCAUGGAUGUGCGUAUCGGACGGCAAUUCCUCAAGGCAGGACUGGGCUUUGGCGGGUCCUGCUUCCGCAAGGACAUUGCCAGUCUGGCGUACCUAGCGGAAUCCCUGGGUUUGGACGACGUGGCACACUAUUGGCGACAGGUGAAUGUGAUGAACGAGCGACAGCGCGAUCGAUUCUCCCGCAAGAUCAUCGAUCGCUUCGAGGGUAACCUGGUCGGACGCAAGCUGGCGAUGCUCGGAUUCGCCUUCAAGAAGAACACCGGCGACACGCGCGAGUCUUUGGCGGUGGAAGUCGUUCGUGCCUUGCUGGAAGAGCGACCGGCUGAAAUUGCCAUUUUCGAUCCGUACUGUCGCCAGGAAGAUAUUUUGCGCGAGCUGGAAGCCGUCUGCCCGAGUUCGGCUUUGGGUCAGAUUGUCAAGGUUCAUCCUGACCCGUAUCUGGCCUGCUCCCAGGCACAUGCAGUGCUCGUGGUGACCGACUGUGACCAGUUCCGGAAUAACCCAUCACGCAAAGUAUACCAGCAGACUAUUUACCCUCCAGUUCAGAAAGAACUGGCUCGCUCCACCACAGAUGGAAUGGGUGAGGAGAACUCCAAGCGGGCCUGUGCCCGUCAAGACGACGAAACCUGGACUCAUGCGGGUGUGUCCUAUCAACUGCGACCCCAAGAGGCCUGCACUGCAGAGUGCGGCGAUUGCCGAUCUGCUGCAACCCGACCCACAGCCACCGAGGCGAUCGAGUGGACGCGUAUUGCGUACAACAUGGUUGAGCCCAAGUGGGUGUUUGACGGGCGGGGAUUGUUGGAUGCGGCGGAGUUGGAACGGCUCGGGGUGCGAGUCGACACGGUGGGCCGGCGCACGCGGGAUAUGGUGGCAUAA